AUGGACAUUGACGAUAUCCUACGCGAGGUCGACCCAGUCUCGUACUCUAUUCCCUCCGAGACACGCGACUUACAGGCCCUGACGCGCGCUUGGGUGGCAGAGCGAACCGCCCCAGAACUUCUAGAAUGGCCUACCGGCGGUCUCUUUGAGCGCGUCAACGAUCGCAUCAAGCACCAGAUCGAAAAGGUCGAAGACAUGACGGGUGACAUGGACCCCAAGACCAACUUCGCUCUCAUCGUCAUUCAGACGGAGCUUGAGCGCUUCAAGUUCCUCGUCAGAAGCUUCCUUCGUGCUCGUAUCGCAAAGAUCGAUAAACAUGCUCUCCACUACCUCUCGUCUCCGGCCCUCCGCGCUCGUCUUUCCGAAACAGAACUGGCAUACGCGACUCGUCACCAGGCACUCCUGCAUAAUCACUAUCUUUCGUCCUUCCUUUCCUCCUUCCCGCCAAACCUGCAGAACCUCAACGAUACCGCUGGCAACAUUAGCAUGAUCGACGGGCCAGAUCUCGAUACCGCAGUCUUUAUUCGUAUGCUACGAGAUACAGAAGUGGAAGGAAAGGGAACGGACGCGGACGGCUCCGUGCUAGCGGAGACCGGUGACAUCUUGAUUUUGAGAUGGUCUAGCGCAAAACCCGUUGUCGAUGACGGGAACGCUGAGCUUGUCUGA